UUCCCAGCACUCCUUUCACCCAGGCCUUGUUGCGGCUUCUUCUGCCGCCGCCGGUGGAGGCAGCUUCGGGCCCGGGAGGAGUUGCUGCUAAUAACUGACGUCGUUGGCUGGCUGCUGCCUGCUUUGUGGCGGGCGAGGGUCACCGCUUGAGGGGCCAUGAGCCGGCUAGGGUCGGUGCAGCAGAAAAUGCCCUGCUUGUUUGUGACUCAGGUGAAGGAGGAGCCUUCGGCCAAGCGGGAGCGCCAGCCUUUUAAAGUGUUGGCCACCAAAACAAUUAAUCAAAAGGCAUUAGAUGCAAAUAUAUACAAUGCAAUCCCAACUGAAAAGGUGGAUGGAACUUGCUGCUACAUAACAACAUACAAAGGGCAACCAUACCUAUGGGCCCGGCUAGAUAGAAAACCAAACAAGCAAGCUGAGAAAAGGUUUAAACGAUCGGUUCACUCAGCAGACAACUCAAAAGGAUUUACUUGGAAUAUUGAAGAAGACUUCAAGUCUGUCCCUGAAUGUUGGAUUCCCGCAAAGCAAAUAGAGCACUGCAAUGGGAAGCCUUUUCCUGAUGAAAAUGGACACAUUCCAGGUUGGGUGCCAGUGGAAAAAAACAGCAAACAAUAUUGUUGGCAUUCUUCUGUUGUUGACUAUGAAUUAGAGUUAGCUCUCAUUCUGAAGAAUCACAAUGAGGAACCUGGUCUUCUGGAAAUCAGUCUAGUGCCAUUGUCUGAUCUUUCAGAACAGACACUGGAGCUUAUUGGAACAAACAUUAAUGCAAACCCGUAUGGCUUAGGAAACAAGAAAUAUCCUAUACACUUUCUUGUCCCACAUGGAGUAUUUCAAAUUAAAAACACUCCUGCACUGAAUCGCGAGGACAUAUUGUCUUGGUUUGAUGGAUGCAAAGCAGGGAAAAUUGAAGGAAUUGUGUGGCACUGUAUUGAUGGAAGUUUAAUUAAGCUCCAUCGGCAUCAUCUUGGCUUGUGCUGGCCAAUUGCAGACCCUUAUUUGAUUUCUCAACCAGUUAUUGUCACCUUUAGUGGUGCCAAAUAUGACUAUAACUUUGAGCCAAAGACACUUUUUCAUUAUUUUUCUAAGUUGGAGGGACAAAGAUUGAAUAGUCUCAGAGAUAUAAUGGGUAAUCUGUGACCAGGUUUUUUAAAAAUAGCCAGCUAUAUGACUGUUCAUUCCUUUUACGUGAGUCUUACAUACAGCAUCACAGGUUUUUUGCUGUUGAAAUGCAAUGUAAAUAUUAUAUAAUGUACACAUGGCUACACACCUAUAUGUGUAUAUAAAUCAAAUGCUGUUUUUGUAGCAGAAGAGCUGGAUGGCCAGCCAGAUGGGAGACUAAGAAAUUCAAUAAAUAAAUUCAAUAAAUAAUAAACAAACAAAAACCAAAACUUUUGAGCAUGUUUAUUAUUUCAGUCCCUAAAGGUUUUAACUGUGAAAUAUACCUUUGUUGAAAAGUGAUGGUUAAGUACCUGGAAUGCUAAGCUUUUUGUUUUCUGUUGCUUCAAUUUCAGUCAUGAUAAUGAUUCAUUUGUACAGAGAAAUUUAUUCUAGCAACAUAACUAAAAAUAUUUUACGUUGGCAAUAGGUGGGACUAUAUUGCAGAAGGAGAAGAAACUUUCAAAAGGUUGUUUUACCAGAAUGCUUUACUGUCAGAAGCUCAAUAGAAGGUUAAAGGCACUUAUUAAAACCUUUGAGGAUCAGAACAUUAUUCCUGACUAACUCUGGUGUCAACUGAGUAGCUUCAGAGCACCUUUUUGUGUUAUUUUGUACUCUGCUAUAAAUAUUGUAGCACAAAAUAUUUAUGUAAUAAAUCAGUUGU